GUUAGAAAAGCUGUUAGCCAACAUAUACAUAUAUAUAAUCUUCUCACACACACACACACACCACCAACCGAAAUCAAUGGCGAAUCAAUCGAGAUCACCGACGGCAUUAUCUUCCUUAAUUCACCUCCGUCUCCUACUCAUCCUUCUGAUUCUAAUCAUAUUCCAAAACGGCGUCGUUUUAGGCGGCAAAAAUGCUCGAUUUCACAUCCCUGACGACCUAGAUGAUGUGGUGGACGACGAAGAGGAUGAAGCGUGGAAGGAAUGGGGACAGAAGAAGAAAGUUACGGAUGACGUGUUUGAUCCUCCGCCGUCGGAUCUGUCGGAGAUGGAUGUGGCUCGGAUGCAGGAUGAGAUGAUGAAACGACACCAAGGACCGUCGUUUGGUUUUGUUAAGCUUCGGUUGGGUGUCAAACGAACUCCGGACAUGAUAACAGAUAUAGCAAAGAAAUGGAGCAAAGUGGCAAGAACAGGAGGCAUAGAGGUCAAAUUUAUGGGUGUUGAUGUUAGCACAAUCAUGUUCACUUUAGAAAAAGGCCAAGACACUCUAGAGUUGAAAGAAUUUAUACUAAGCCAACCGGAAGCGUAUGAGAUCAAGAUCGGCGAUCAGCUUUUCAGAAGACCAGGAGAUCCUUCUUUUGAUGAUCUGUUUGCUGAACUCCAUGCCAAUGACUACAAUGACAAAAACAAGAAUGAUGAAGGUCGGACUCAUCUCUCAAAUGAUGAUAUUGAGAAAGAUGAACUAUAAUCAAAUCCCCUUAAUAACAUCUCACUCUUAGGUAGCGUUCGUUUCAUGGAAUGGAAUGGAAUGGAAUUAGGAAGUUUUUCUUUAUAAAAUUGAUCUUGGUUGGGGGAGGG